AGUAUGAUUGUAAUCAAUUGCUUGUUUCGGGAAGCACUUUUAUCAUCGCAAAGAUGGAAAAAAUGUCAUGCGAGAAAAACAAACUUCUGAAAAAGUCAUGAAGAUUCAUGUUCAAUUCUGUUGACCAUGACGACCCGAUUGCCGCGUGUGUCUCGCAUCUGCAUUUUGCUCCCUAUCCUCUUGAUAGUGUAUUUGACGUUUUACUCCCGGAGCUCUUCAAAUUAUGAAUGGAAGCCAGGCGUUCAUCUCAAUUGGACAGCAUUCCAAAGCCGUUGUCCCGAUCUCGAAUGGAAAGACAUUGAGCCAUGGGUUUUGCCCAAGGAAGCAUCUUGCCCAAAAACGAACCACGUCGGCUUUCUGAAAACCCACAAAUGCGCGAGUACAACUUUGCAGAAUUUAUUCCUUCGGUACGCGAAGAAUAAUCAAUUGAACAUUGUUCUGCCGAAAUAUGGAAAUUACCUUAGUCGGAAAAUUCCUUUUGACUUCCACAUGGCGUAUUGGCAUCGUCUGCCGAAAGAUGGUUUUCAUGUUGUUGCCCACCACAUGAUAUGGAAUUUUCAGGCUGUUUCCAAACUUCUUGGCCCUGAUGCGCGUUACGUCACGAUUCUCCGUGAGCCUGUCAAUCAAUUUGAAUCAAUGUUCAGUUAUUCAGACAUGUCCUCCAUUUAUGGUGCCUCUCUUGAAGCAUUCAGUAUGUUCAGCAAUAAGACGGAUAAGAUGUAUUCCAAACGCAUUGGGGGAAACAUUGGACGCAAUCAAAUGUUAUUUGAUUUGGGGUUCAAGCCUGAAGACUUCGAUGACGACUGUAAAGUGAUGGCAAAAAUUAUUGAAGUGGAUCGUUCGUUUGAUUUGGUUUUGUUGGUCGAACGUUUUGAAGAAUCAAUCGUUCUCAUGAAACAUUUGUUGUGUUGGGAUUGGGAGGAUGUUGCAUAUUUCCAGUUGAACAGUCGCAAAAGCUCAUCAGCCAUGCCUGAGAAGAUUCGUAAUGCUUUAAGUGAUUGGUUGAAGAGCGACGAAAUGUUGUAUGUUUACUUCAGAGAAAAGUUUGAGAAAACGUUAAAAGCUAUGAAUCCCGAACUGUUUUCUGCAGAUCUGAAGUAUCUUCUCAUGGGUAUCAGAGGUCUGGCUACUUUUGUGGAAAAUCAUGGCUGUCUCACCAUUGAGCAGUUGCAGAACACCACAGUGGUGGUGGAUGGGCUGAAUCUGAUAUUUCACUUGGUUGCAUUGCGGGAAUCGAAAAUGCGGAGUCCAUUUGGUGGAGAAUAUGACGGUUUGCGUGAAUGCCUGACGUCAUUCAUCGACGUUUUGCGUUCAAAAGGAAUCACCCCGAUUGUCAUCUUUGAUGGGGGUCUAGAUAUCAACGGCCAAAAAUUCAAAACGAAGUUGUCACGAAUGGGAACGUCAGUAUUCCGGAUAGCUGCAGUAAAUCCUGGGAAUCCUGCUUCGGUUUUUGCUCAGCACGUUGUAACGUUGGUGAUACAGACAUUGCAAGAUUUGUGCGUGACUCAUCAUGUGGCUGCGUUUGAAGCUGAUGGUAUUAUUGCAUGGCUGGCGUAUCAUCUCAAAUGUCCAGUGGUCAGCGAUGAUUCUGACUUCUUCAUCUACGGAGUGAAUUGCGUCAAACUUGGGUCAUUGGUCACUGCCUGCGUCGCCAAUUUCCGCGGAUGCAAAACUUUCAAGGAAGACCACGCCUUAGAAGUUGCGGUGUUCUCCCCAGACAAGUUCUUGGCCCAAUUCAAAAUCAAGCGAGAACAUCUCCCAGUCUUCGGGAGCGUCUUGGGCAACGACGUUGUGCCGUUCAUGGAAACAGUCUCGGGAUUCUCGCAGAUUGCCAAGCACGCAUAUUCUCAGAAGGGUAAUGGAAACAUGGGCAAAGUAAGGAAUAAUUCGAGGCAUGCGGUGAUUGCUGGGUUUCUGUCGUGGCUGGCGAGAUGUGAUCCCGAACGAGCUCUUGAUAAGUUUCUCGAUUUCCUUCAAUACGGGAAACGAGACAAGGUGAGGGAAAUCGUGUUGAAAAGCAUUCGGAUUUAUGAAAUGCUGACAAAAGACGUCGACUGGUGUCCAGAAACGUUCGCUCCGACGGCAUCAGACAUACUUCAGGCAGAAAACGCAUUGCUUGCUGACGAAAAGCGAUUCCACGACACCUGCCCAGCCUGGUUAUUGGCGAGAUUGCGGAAAUCAAACCACGAUUGGCCUCGUUAUCUCAACGCCUUGAUGUUUCGCGUUUUGUUCGUGACUCCAGUUGUGGAGAGUUACAGUCUGGAAACUUGUUACGUGGCGGCAUUUCCGAUGAUUCAGAAGUUCUUUGAUACCCUGUUUUCUUCUGUCUUGGCUGAGGGGGAAGAAGUGGUUGUGAAUGUGUAUGCAAGGAGAAGGUUGGAGAGGAGUUCGGUGCUUGGAAAAUUUCCGUUCAAUGUUACCGCGCGGCGUGAAUGGAAGAUUGAGGAGGAAGAUGAUCCAUGUCUUCUACGACAGAAAUUUCUCUCGAUGAUCGAGUUGGCAUCGUAUGAAGAAGAAAUUAAGAAAAUCGAUCCUGAGGAACAAGUCUUUCUCCUCUCUGUUGUUCUUUGGAUGCGAAACCAAGUUUUCCCGGUAUCAGUGGAACAUCUUUUGGCCGCCAUUGCUACUCACCUAGUUCUCUUCGAUCUCGAGUACAAGGCAGGAAUAAAAGAACGGAAAGCUGGUCCCCUGGAGCGAAUCUCCGACGCGGAAAAUCAAGCAGUUUCCGCGAAAAUUUCGUGCAUCAGGUUCUUCAGCGUUUCAACUCGGGUUGUUGAAGACAAGCGUUGUUUCGACGCUGAUAUAGUGUCUUAUUACGAAGCACUGAAAGCGAUUACUGGGUUCUUCAUGACCUUAUCGGCUAUUUUUGCCGAACCCUUCGGCGUGAUCCGACCAGAAAGGCAUUUUUCGGGAAUCUUUUUCUACACUCUCACGACGGAGCUUCGAGCUUGUGCUGAUCCUUUGAAACUCUUGAAGUCAAAAAUAUUUUCUGAUAAUGCGGAACUCGGUCAGCGAAUGGAUGAAAUACUAAACUGGGUCAUUUCAAUGGGUUCCGGUCAAACUUUGGAAACAUUUUUGAAGGAUGGCCGUAUAGCAGGAGCCGGGGCAAAGAAAAAACGAAGGAGAAACCGCAAGAAAGUCAAAGAUGAACAAGAUCUUGUCGACGAGGCUGACCAAGAGGAAGCGGUGCAAGAGGAUGAAGAGUUCGAAGAUUUCGAGAAUAAGUUCACAUCAGUCGCUCAAGUCACGGAUAAACGAGCUGAAGAAAAGCCUGCAAAAAGUAGAGGCUCAAAAUCAGACGAACCGAAACCUGCAAUUGCUGCAGCAUCUCGUUCUACCAAAUCAAAAACCAUUGUUCCAGACCCAGAAGACCUUACAAAGCCCAAACCGAAGAAAGAAGGCGUGAAAAAAUCUCCGAAGACUCGUGUUAUUGCACCACCGACCCCAGUCGAAGAAAUAAACGAUGCUUCGAGUGAUGAAGUUUUUGGUGCCAGUGCAAGCGACGUGGUUGUCCUGGCCUCGUCAAAACCCCAAGAGAACAUCGAAGAAGAGUCACACGAUGCCGUCGACGUGGAUAAUUACGAAGACGAUUUUGAGGACUACGAAUCUGACUUCGAGUCCAAUAGCGAAGACGAAGAAGAAGAUUCUCAAUCCUCGUCCGAUGCAAAAGAAGACGCCUCGGACGACGAGUUCGCAGACAUGCGCAACGAAGACAAGAAGGAAGAUGACGAAGGCAUAAGUGACGCGGAACCCGACCUUGCUCCCUUGACCUUCCACGACUCUCGCCUUGAAGCCGACGAUGUCGACUCUGGUCACUCAUCGGGGCAGUUCGGUGGAAAGAUGCAAAUUGUCAACGAAACAGAUCUUGCUGCAGCAACUGCGGCUGAAAACCAACUGGCAUCCAACUUUGUGCGGAAUCUUGCCACCCGAAGGAACGCCGUAGCUGAGACGUUGGAAAGCAGCAGCAGUAGCAGGCAAAUGGAGCAAGAACAACAACAUGCUGCUGUUGUUGAAGAAAAGCGAAGAUACGACUUUUCGUCUGCGAAGAAACGACAGAAAUCGUUUGUGGCUGCCGGGAGAGUUGCGAAGAGAGGUGCUGAGUUGAUGGACAUCGUCAGGCUGGAGUCGUCGACUGCGGAUUUAUUUGAGCUUGAACCUUUUGGUUACGAUGCGUAUAUAAGAAGAUUUGGUAAAUCCAACAUGAGACAGAUUGGCGUGAGCACGGCAGAUGACACUGAGAAGUUUGAAUGCCAAACAGAACCCAUAAAAUAUGCGACGAGAUGGGUCCAGUUUCCGGCAUGCAUAAGCCCCUCAUCGUUAGCCAAUGCUUCCAUUUCCCGCGAAGACUUCUUGGGUGUUGGAAAAGGAACGAAUCCGCUCAGCUCCGAAGAUAUUGACGAUGACCGAGAAGAUUCCAACCACAAUGAAAUUCUGGAUUUCAACGACUUCGUUCACUCGCGUUGCGGGAAUGGAAAGUCGAUGUCUGAGUUUAUGGAAGCAGCGGGUCGCUUGAUGCUGAGGAUUUUGCAUUCAGCCCCAGGAAUCGCUCCGUCUGCAAUUUCUGCGGGUGAUGACGGAUUUAACGGAGAAAAAAUUCAUAUUGCUGGGAGGAAAGUGCAAUUUUGUGAAGGACCUUGGACCCGUAUGACCACGACGUUGGUGCAGUUUUCCGAAUUUGAGCCGAAACUCCUCGUGACGUGUCACGCAGGAAAAGAGGGAGAAGAUUUAUUAAUAUUGUGGGAUGUUCGUGAGCCGUCGAAUCCAUUGGCAAUCAUGAGAAGUGUCGCUACGGUAACGUGUAUAGGUGUAGGGCCUACAUUACAUGGAGUUAUCGUAGUUGCUGGGACAUCAACGGGUGCACUGUGCUUGUGGGACACACAGGAACCAAUAAUGCUACACGAGGCAUUGUCGAUUGACAAGGAUGAUGGAGGAAAAUUCGGAUUUGGUGUUCGAGGCCCUAGUUACGUUACGUUGUCGACGAAAUCCAAGUCGGAAAAUUCGAAACCAGGGUCGAAAGUCUGUUGUUUGAAGAUCCUUUCCCAAGGAGAGAAUGUAGAAAAGCGAAGUGGAUUUCAGAUGAUUUCGAUGACGAGUGAGGGUGUGGUAGAUUUCUGGUUGACAAAUUGUCUGCAGUCGAAUCCGGAAAUUAUGCAGUUGGAAGCUGACCCAGGAUUAGCCUUUUGGUCAAAGACGGCUUUAAUCAGAAUGAGCAACACCAUUGACGUCGGCCAGUCUGUUUUCAGCGAAGCAGCAUCAGUGGGAGACGAUUUAGUUCUGCCGGAAGCUUUCAAAUGCCAGGAUUUUGCUGUGGAAGGGAGGGACGCGAGUCAGAUUUAUAUCUGCACUGAUUCAGAUCUUGGGGUUGCUCACGUGGCCCGAAGUGGUGGUAAAGCAUUCCCACGAUCAUAUCGGCCAGAUGACGGGCGUUUAACCGAGGCCUGUUGCGUGGCUUCGUUUCCUUUCGGUCACCAGUUUUUAUUGGUUGGUACUAAUGACGGAGCUGUAAAACUCUUCGCUGGGGGAAGUGACAAACCAAUAACGCAUUGGACCGUUGCUGAAUACGUUCCAAUCGUGAAGGUUCAAUGGGCGCCCUUCAGACCACUUGUAUUUUUCGCCCUGGAUGAGACUGGAGUAUUACAUGCGUGGGAUUUGAACCAGGGGGAUUUAUCUCCAAUUUACGUUGUGAGUCUAAAAUCGGCGAGGAUCGUCGAUUUCAUGAUUGGUAACGUUGUGAAGGAUUCCAGCACAAAAUUGCCGGCUUACUUCGCGUUGGCAUUGUCCGAUGGCCAGACUUUGGCUGGAGAAUUGCACGAAACACUGUUGCCGAUUCGAAAUGUUUCGACAGAAGAGGAACUUGAGAAAUUUUUGCACUACGUGUCUAUUCUGUGAUCGUGGAUUGCGAUGAAUUACCUUCGUCCACAAAAAAAAAACAAAUAUGUAUGGAACACCGUCCAUAUUAUUUUGAAUCUAGUCGUGUUUGGUGAGGAAACAAAUGUAUGCAAAUGUGGAUCUCGUGGAAACUGAUCUGAAACGUAUUGCGGGUGUGAUGAAUUGAUGCCGAGGGUUUCGUAUUCAGCAUCAAUGCUUGAAAGCUGCACAAUUAAUCCGUCCAAAGUUUCCCUGUGAGUGAGAGAAGAUGAAACAAGCUCGUCGAUUUUUGGGCGAAGACCACGUGCUUGCAUUUAUUCGAACAAGUUUGGAUGUAUUGAAGAGUGCUGAGGUU